AUGGAUGACGAAAAAAACAACAAGAAAACGACAGGAGUGGUUGUUAUGGAGGAAGGCUGUGAUAUUGGUGGUUUAUUGAUGAACUUAGAAGCUCUCACUGCUGACGUGCAGAAUUUAGUACAAACACCAUUUCCAAUAUUUGAAUUUUUUGAGAAACUGAAACAAUCUAUGCCAUAUGUAUCAAAUCACUCGUGCGAGCAUGAACAAGAAUUUCACUUCCCUAAAGAUCACCCUUUUGAAAGUUUUGAAGAAUUAUGUUGUUUUAUGUUAAUCAAUCACUUUGGAAUUUCUAAACAAGCAUAUAAUUUCAUGAUUCAAAUGCUGAAAUCAACAUUUAAAGACCGUCCUGAGUUGAUGAAAUUAUUUGUGAGCUAUGAUACCUUGAAAGCAAGAGGAAAUAAUUUGAAUCCCCAAAAACCCAUGCAGUUCAAUGAUAAUUUCAUCCUUUACUCUGUACAAGAUACUAUUCGAAACAUGUUAAUGGAUCCGUAUUUGGUCAACCAAUUAUGUCUCAACCGAGAAAAGCAUCAACAACAGUUUGCAACCAAGCAACCAUUUCAAUCUAAAAUAUUCAACAAAAUUUUGGAGAAGUGUUAA